UCUCAUCUCUUCUCACCACAAACAAAUAAUUCUAUUCUCUUAUGGACAAUAACGAAGAAAUCCCUUCAACACCUGCCACACCAGGCACUCCAGGUGCACCUCUUUUUGGAGGUUUCAAUGCCACCAAUAGGUCUAAUAAUGGUAACAAGAACUCUCUUCUCAAGAGUUGUAGAUGCUUCACCGCGGCGGAUUGGAGCAUAGAAGAUGGAGCCUUACCACCCGUCUCAUGCUCUUUGCCACCGCCUCCUCCUGUCCCUUUGGCAAGAAAGGUUGGUGCUGAGUUCAUCGGAACCUUCAUUCUCAUGUUUGCCGCCACUGCUGCCGCCAUUGUCAACCAGAAGACAAACGGCUCUGAGACACUCAUAGGCUGUGCUGCCACCACUGGUCUCGCCGUUAUGAUCGUCAUCCUUGCCACUGGCCAUAUCUCCGGUGCUCAUCUCAAUCCGGCUGUCACUCUUUCCUUUGCUGCAUUGAAGCACUUUCCAUGGAAGCAUGUGCCUAUGUAUAUUGGUGCACAAGUUUUGGCAUCUAUUUGUGCUGCAUUUGCUCUAAAAGGGGUUUAUCAUCCUUUCAUGAGUGGUGGAGUCACAGUUCCUUCCGGAGGAUAUGGCCAAUCUUUUGCUUUGGAAUUCAUUAUUGCUUUCAAUCUCAUGUUUGUUGUCACUGCAGUUGCCACCGACACUAGAGCUGUUGGAGAACUCGCGGGAAUCGCGGUAGGAGCCACUGUCAUGCUCAACAUACUUAUAGCAGGACCAGUAUCAGGCGGCUCAAUGAACCCAGUAAGAACAUUAGGUCCUGCCAUUGCAGCAAACAACUACAAAGCUAUAUGGGUUUAUCUGAUAGCUCCCGUACUUGGAGCUCUAGCCGGUGCAGGUACUUAUACUGCAGUGAAGCUACCUGAAGAAGACGAUGAUGCCAAAGCAAAGGCUUCAAUAAGCUUCAGAAGGUGACUUGUCUCUAUUGUCAUGAGUCAUUCUAUCUUUUAAAGAUCCAAUUUGGAGACUGCAACAUGGUAGGAUAUUUGUACUUUCAAAUGAUAAUACAUAAGUAUUGUAGAAAGCAACCACAAAAGGAGAAAAUUUGGUUAGUGUAUAAAAUGUGAAUUGAAGUGUAUGAUAUAUUUAAUAUAUUAUGGUAUUAAUAAA